CCCGAGCGAGAGUUCGUGUGGAUCGCUAGCGCGUAGCGAUUGCUUCUGUCUGUUGUGUAGUUAUGUUGUCAAAGAAGCGCAGAGGCGGCGGGAACCCGGGUCGGGGUCGCGCUCUGUGCUGACCGCGACCCCUGGCGGAGUGUGCUAUGGGGGAGCCCGGCUCCUUGGGUACGCGGGAGCGCCUCGGUGGCCGGAGCUGGUGCCUGCGACGCGUGGGGAUGGACGCCGAGUGGCUGCUGCUGCAGGGUGGAGACGAGGUGACUUUAGGGCGAGGAUUUGGUGUCACAUACCAACUGGUAUCAAAAAUCUGCCCUCUGAUGAUUUCCCGAAACCACUGUGUUUUGAAGCAGAACACGGAGGGCCAGUGGACAAUUAUGGACAACAAGAGUCUGAAUGGUGUUUGGCUGAACAGAGUACGUCUAGAACCUUUACAGGUCUAUUCUAUCCAUAUGGGAGACCGAAUCCAGCUUGGGGUGCCUCUGGAAAAUAAGGAGAAUGCAGAGUAUGAAUAUGAAGUUACUGAAGAAGACUGUGAGAAGAUAUAUCCUUAUCUUGCCCCAACGAGUGACCAGAUGGAAAAAAAUAAGGGCUUGAGAACUAAAAGGAAAUGCAGUUUGGAUGAAUUAGAGGGUCCUGAAGCUGAAGGCCCCUCACAUUUGAAAUUCAAAUUAAGUAAAGUAUCUCGUGAACCUGGUCAACCACUGAAGUCACAUGGGAAAGGUGAAAUGGCCAGCCGACCCUCUGAACAUUUGGAACCUCAGUUGACUUCUCUUGAGCCAAGUGAGAACACUACAGGGGUUCAUGUUUACUCUGGCCCCACCAAAGUCCUGGCGCUUCAUUUUAAGAAGCAGAAAACCUCAAACCCAUUAGCAUCUCAGAGCAGGUUAGAGCUGUUUAAAGUGACCAUGUCUAGGAUUCUGAAGCUCAAAACACAGAUGCAGGAAAAACAGGUAGCUGUUCUGAAUGAGAAAAUGCAGACCCAAAAAGGGAACUCAAAGGAUAUUGUGCAAAUGGAGCAGGAACUGCAGGACUUACAGUCCCAGCUUUGUGCAGAGCAGGUCCAGCAGCAGGCCAGAGUGGAGCAGCUAGAGAAGACUUUCAAGGAGGAGCAGCAGUAUCUCCAGGGUUUGGAGAAGGAGCAAGGAGAAGAGGACCUGAAGCAACAGCUGGCCCAGGCUCUGCAGGAGCAUCAGGCUCUAAUGGAAGAGCUAAACCGCAGCAGGAAGGACUUUGAAGCAAUCAUUCAAGCCAAGAACAAAGAAUUGGAGCAGACCAAGGAAGAGAAGGAGAAGGUGCAAGCACAGAAAGAGGAAGUUCUUAGCCACAUGAAUGAUGUGCUAGAGAAUGAGCUCCAGUGUAUUAUCUGCUCAGAAUAUUUCAUUGAGGCUGUCACCUUGAACUGUGCCCACAGUUUCUGCUCCUACUGUAUCAAUGAAUGGAUGAAGCGGAAGGUAGAAUGUCCUAUUUGUCGGAAGGACAUCAAGUCUAAAACCCCUUCCCUGGUUCUGGACAAUUGCAUUAGUAAGAUGGUAGAUAAUCUGAGUUCAGAAGUGAAAGAACGACGAAUUGACUUAAUUAAGAGACGAAAAGGGGUUGCUCUUAGCAUGAGUUCAGAGAAGGAGACCCGCCUCUGGUUCCACCAAGACCAACCUCAUCUCCCUGGCUGGUUGUUGUCUUCAAGUCCCAUGUCCUGUGGGAGGGAAGACGUUUAUCCCCUGCAGAGGCUCUCCCUCUCGGCUGAGUCGGGAGCUCAGGUGAGCACUGCCCACCACCAUCACCACCACGUCGUCCUGAGGGCAAGACCAGUACCUGCUGGCCAAGGCCUGCCCACCAGCCGGAGAGAAGGGCCUGGGGGAGGAACAUGAGCACAUGCUAGAGCUUCAAGAGAACAAAGACUAUUGUGAAGACUGUGCUGCAGGGGCCUUUGAAAGACUGCCAGGCAAUGGAGCUCAGGAUGGUCUGGAGGAUUCUCUGUGAACUGGUCUUGAGCUGUGCUGGGACAGAGCAUGGGAGACCCUCAAGGGACAGAGUCUGGGUAGGAAGUGUCGGCCACGAGCCUCCGUGCUGGCCAGCCCCCCUGCACCAUUGUCUGAAGCACCACGGCGCCCAUCGCCCAAUGGCUUCCGGGGACUCAGCAGACUCUGCCUCACUACAUGUUGAAUGGUUAUGUACUUCUGUUUGCUUUUUUAAAUUUGUUGUUUUUGUUACUGUUCUGGUACCUCUGUUGAUAUUUGUUGUGGACAGCUUGAAUGUACCCCUGUGGCUGCCCCUGAGAGCUGAGGUGGCCUCUAUUUGAGAGGAUGGCAUACCUCUUUGUGAAAACAAGAUGUCGUUUCCUGGAAAUAAAAUGUAAAACUUAACAGUUGCUC